AUGGGUAAAAGAGAAGUAAGGAAGCUGUACACAUUUUCUACACCAUACAGCCAGUCCAUGAUAAAUCCGUCUAUAACGUCAAACCCAGGUCAACAAACACGGACACAGGAAAAUGACAUGGGAUAUUUCCUUGACACGUGCGAUUCAUUGGGUGUAACUACAAUUACUGACAGACAGGUCGAUUCAACGUCGCUACAAAACAAACACGCUCGAUUGCAAAUGAAAACUACAAAAGAUAAAAGGACAAAAAAUGAAUGCGAAAAACGGAAAAUGACGACAUCGGCAUCGGCAAUGAUUGUAGACGGAUUGGGAAUAGCUGUUCACCAGAAAGUAAGUUCUGUAACCAUACAGCAAUCAUCGAAAAAGAAGAUGGCUGUAAGAAAAGACAAAAGAAUGAUGCAGCUAAAGGUUCUCGGAACUAUUUUCAAGAUGAAACAUGAGUUAGACAUCAUACGACAACGCAGACUAAAUUUGGCAAACAAACAACACAAAGCACCAGAAAAGCAAGAAGAAUGA